GCGGCGCCCAGAGCGCCGGGCGGCAGCAGGUGGCUGUGCGCUGAACCGCUCGGUGCGGCGCUGCGCUCCCGUCUCGCCUCACCGUCCAGCCGCCUCACCGCGGCCCUCGCCGCAGCCAAAACGCCGCGGGCCGUGCUCCGAGUGAAGAAUGGGGCGGCGAAGCUGGCCAAGCCGGCGGCGACGGCGGGCGAAGCCCCCAGCGGCGCCCCCGGCUCCGGGCUCUUCAUGGAGCGUUCGCAGAGUCGACUCAGCCUCUCCGCCUCCUUCGAGGCCCUGGCCAUCUACUUCCCCUGCAUGAACAGCUUCGACGAGGAGGAUGCGGAUGGGGAUGGUCGGAGACUGAAAGGAGCCAUCCAGAGGAGCACAGAAACUGGGCUGGCAGUGGAGAUGCCCAGCAGGACCAUCCGCCAGGCCAGCCACGAGUCCAUCGAGGACAGCAUGAACAGCUAUGGGUCAGAGGGAAACUUGAAUUUCAGUGGAGUCCAUCUGGCAUCUGCUGGGCAGUUCAGUGACUUCCUGGGGAGCAUGGGCCCUGCACAGUUUGUUGGGCGUCAGACCUUGGCCACCACCUCGAUGGGGGAUGUGGAAAUUGGCUUGCAAGAGCGAAAUGGGCAGCUAGAAGUGGAUAUUAUUCAAGCUCGAGGACUGACACCAAAACCCGGCUCCAAAACACUGCCAGCUGCUUACAUCAAAGCUUACCUGCUGGAGAAUGGCGUCUGCAUUGCCAAAAAGAAGACAAAGGUGGCUCGCAAGUCCCUGGACCCUUUGUACAAUCAGGUGUUGCUAUUUGCUGAGAGCCCCCAAGGCAAAGUAUUACAGGUGAUAGUCUGGGGAAACUACGGCCGCAUGGAGCGCAAGCAUUUCAUGGGAGUCGCCAGGGUGCUCCUGGAAGAACUGGAUCUGUCGACUUUAGCGAUUGGCUGGUACAAGCUCUUCCCAACCUCCUCGAUGGUAGAUCCCACUACAGGCCCGCUCCUGCGCCAGUCCUCACAGCUUUCCCUGGAGAGCGCAGUGGGACCCUGCUGUGACAGGUCUUAGUGAUGACAUCACUUUCGACAGAAGUCCACAUUAACUUUGACUGUAGCAGAAAGGAAGGACAGGGCUGUUGCUGCUGCCCUGAGAGAGGCAUUUCUGCUGUAGACUUCUCUGUGAGUUGGUGUGCCUGUGGAAGCCCCCGGGCCAAGAGUGGAACAGCUGUAAGUGACUUCCUACUGCAGAGGUAGUAAACAGUUUCAGUAUAAACUUGAUGACUGUUUUUCUUAGGCUCUCUAGUAUUUGUAACUCGAUGAGAAUGGUUCCCACUGCCACUGUAGCCCAAAUAAAGCAAAAAAGCCUUUGCACCCUGGGGCCACACAGUCUCUGCCUAACAGCUGCCUGUUUUCCUUGAGAUACCAGAGGUGAGCUAAAGGGAGAGGUGUUUUCAGAGCAGCAGAUUGAGCUGCUCCUCUUCAAAGGCUUUGUGGGUUAUUCUGUCCAUUUCACAGGUGGUAUUUACCAUUUUGUUAGAGAAUUCCACCCAAGGCAGACCUGGACAUUCGCAGAGAUCACAGGAACUGCCAUGUCAAACAGGACCAGGCUGUUCUGGGCCACUCAGAAGUCAGAUGAUUCUGGGACCAGCUAAGGAAUUUUCCAAAGUGGCAGGAUCAGGAUAUUGGGUUUUGAGUCCUCUCUAUCAUUGAUGCAGUGCAUAAACCAAAGUGACUCCCAAACAGCAUCCAGCCCAUUGCCUGUGGACAUCUGGCAGCAUUUCCCAUAGGAAAAACCUUGAUGUUGUUCUCAGGAUGGAUGGUGGUGUGACCAUGCAGCAAGUCACUGCCCUGGUGAUGCUGGAGCCCCAUGAAUGGAGAACUAACUCUUGGGGGGUUGUGAAAUGGCUCUGAGAGGGAAAAGAGCAGUGUAAAUGCAAAGUGUUGUCAGCAGAGAAGCCCAGGGCAUAGUGAAACCUGGAGUGAGCAUCUAAAUGAAAUUGCAGCUACCAGAUGUGAACCAAACACCUGGAGAAGAGGCUGACCAGUGAAAGCCUUUCCAUGUCCAGCCCAGCACACCCUGCCAAGGCCUGGCUGUCUGUAGGGAUGUGUCUGCAUGAAUGGAUAGAGGCACAGAGCAGAACACCUUGGAAAGUGCCAAGUUCCCUUAGGGAGGAUGAAUCCCUUAGCAGGGGCUGGCUGGUUGUGCAGUCUGUGUCUCAUUCCCUUACAUGAGCCUUUGCCCACACCAGACCCAGCAGCUGAGUCCAUGGGACACUCAUGAAAUUUGGCAUGGCAGAGCCCCAUGCUCCUGCUGUGCCCAGCAUGUCCGACAGCCCACCUGGCUCCAUCAUAUCUGUGAAGGUGACACUUGCCUGGGCACUUUGCAAGUGAUUAGGUGUUGCCACAAUGUGGCUGUCUUAAACCCACACUGCCAGGCUCCUCUCUACUGGUUGGCCAGUGUCCCAGUCACCAGACAGCCACACUUCCAUCCCUAGCCCCAGCCCUUGUCCACCACGGCAGCUUCAGACUUCUCCUGAGGACCCUCAAGAUCUUCCCGUGGUGUGGGUACCCUUCUGCCCACCCUUCCCUGUGGUAGCUGCUCUCAUCUUGGUGCAGGAGAGGAACUGGGGAGAGUUUCUUGUAGCAUUUGGUUCUUUGCACUUUAGUGGCUGAAACUGAGAGUGAGCCAGCAGCAGCCCUCGCAGAGCACCAGCAGAGGCUGCCCCCCAGCCAUGCUCCCUUCGUGACCUUCCAGUAGCUGAAAUGGCAAAGCUGUGUCGUUACACCCUGCUCUGCCAGGUCGAUAGGCAGCUCGUGCAUUUACACUGCACACUGGGCACCUCGUGUGGGCUGGAGAUCGCCAGCAGAGGGGUCCUGUGGGCACAGGCAGAACCUGGGCACAGUGAGCUCUGCAUGAGGCAGAAGCAACUGAGGCACGUGAGCUUUCCAGGAGCUAGGAUUUUGCACUUGCUUGGACACCAUGGUUUGUGGUAGCUGCCCACUGGGGCUCCAGAUGCCCCUAAACACCACCCUGGAACUUUAAAUCCUGCAGCACUGUUUAUUUUGGGGCUGUUCCUCUUUCCCCAGUGCUGCUCGCUGGCCUCUUAUGAUUCCAUCUUCUUGACCUGGAGUGGGUUUUGGCUUUCUUUGGAGCAAGGAAGAGUGAGGUUUGGAGAGCAAAUCCAAAGCAUGUUCCUGCAGCUGCACCAUGCUGGGCUUGCCUUCCCUCCAGCGAGCUGCAGACUGCUCUCUGUACCAGGUGGAAAGGGCAUCCCAGGCACGCAGUGCCUCACCCAACACCCCCUCACAGCACUGCCAUGGCCUGCCACCCGCCUGGGGUGCCAGUGUGCUGCCCACCUUUUGUGGCAGUCCUGAGUUCAGACCACAGGAGUCCUUCCUUUCCUGUCCUUGGUAGAAGUUAGAGGUCUUCUUCAGAGGCUCCACAGCUGUGCUGGGGCCGUGACACCCAGGAGAAGGCAGAAGAAGGAGCUGCCUCUGUGCUGGCCAGGGAGAAGGGAGCUGCCAGUGAGCUUCCCUCCUGGUUCCCUUUGUGGUCCCCUGUGCCCUCUGCUCCUGCAUGGGUUCUCCCUUCCCUCUCCACACGAGGCCUUAUUCCAGCCCGAGGGGACUGAGGCUGCCCACAACAUCUCUUUGCACUGAAGCAUCCAUCCCACGCUGCCGCGGGGAGCCCCGGGGCAGUGCUGCAGAGCUGGCCUCUGCUCGGGGAUGGAGCCCCCACUCCGCCAUCCGUGCUGUCCUUCCCCAGUGCCCGCUGCUCUGCCUUGUUCCCCACUGCCAGGGGCCUGGCCACGGUAGGGAAAUGUGCAACCUUUCCACUUCAUUAACUGUUCCGUGAAGACCAAAAGCUUUGCAAGGGCACUGCACAGCUGCUACCUCUCCUCUUGCCUUUCCGUAGGAGUGGAGGCAGCUGAUCUGCUCUUUCUGGCCUCCGUAACCCUCUCCAAAGCUCUUUGGAGGUUUUUAACAUCACCUGGUGAGAUGCAGUCCCCUUGGAACCAGUGGGAACACAGGCAAUGGAGCUGGGCAGCCUGCUGGGGAGCAGCUUGUGAGGUGCGCAGGCUGCCUUGGGUGGAAGGUGGGACACAGUCCCGGCAGCGCCGGAGUGGCGCUGGCUGCUGGCCUGGAGUCAGGAGAGGACUCUGCUAGACUUUUUUCCUGUCUGUAGGUUUUAUUCAGACAAUAUGUAUUGAUUGAGUGAUUUACAAUUCAGUGUUAAUCUAAUGACAACGUUGAUAAUGGUGAUAAUAAAACCUUUCUUUUUCCUA